GGUUUUUUGUGGUGGAGCGCAACUCGAGACAAGCAACUUCAACUGAAAUCACUACUCACUUGGGAUCCAGGAUCAUCGCAACUCCUUCAAGCCUAGCCGACUCAGGAGUGGCACCGGGAAAUUGUUGAAAGCGGAGACUGCAUGCUGCAGAUACCUUGGCAAGAGAUCAAGUUUCAAGUUCUGUUCACCACUCCGUACGCUGCGUAGUAUGACAAUCCUGCCCUGCCCACAACGAAGACGUAACAAGCCGAUGUCACCCCGUCUUUCUGGCUACGUCAAACAGUGAAACGCGCUUCAGCCUUGUAUGAGAUUUCAAAACUCGAAUUUGAAAGGACUUGGCGUUUGCUGAGGGUUAGUAGGAAUGGAAUACACGCCUCGUUAGGCAUGGCUCACGAUGCAUAAAAUCCGUUGAGUGUCUGGAGGGCAUCCUGUAGAUAACUGUUAUUAGAGUCAUCCGCGGCCGUGUGAAAACAGGUUGAAAUAGGCUUUUUCAUGUCCCAUCGCCAAAUACUAUCGACAUAUUCCCAGCAAUUUGGCCAAUCAAUCUGCCAUAAAGCCAAGUGGCAAGCCAAGUAUGAAAACUUUAACCAUGCUCCUGGCCCCUGGGACCUGGCAAAGGAGAUGGCAUGCUGCUCGGAAAAUAUGCCAUUUUGGACGUUAGGUGCGUGAUCCCAAAGUCUCUCGGGAUUCAAUAAAGGAUAGGACGCAGGGCACCUCCGCAUCUAGAAAACAUCGCGGAUGUCCCAGCGAAAUUUUUGUCCCAUCGCAAUAAUGUCGCCUCGGUACUCACGGAAAACGCCUGAGUGAAUCCCUCUGCCUUUGCCUUAAGAGUGAGAAUUGAUGUAGAGCAUAUAGUAAUACCUUCAUCAAACCUGGCUGUGCAUCUCUGACGACACGCCCCUUAGAUGCCCAACUUCAGUGUUAGAAUGCGUUAGGUCUGAGGCUAAGUUUCUACUGCAACGGUUGAUUGCAGUAGUUAAAGCAUAUCAGCGAGCAUGUCAGCAGAUGAGGCUUCUAGCUUGUUGCUAGCAAUCAUCAUCGUCAUUCUUUGCCUGGAGUUGAGGCCUUCCUUUCUUGUUUGAGGAAGGUUUGAUAUCAAAGUCAUGUGACUAAUCGCCAGUGGCUUACGAUUAGUAAUCAAUUCCCCCUUUGAUGUCUUAUUUAGGAUAUUAGGGCUUAGGGUAUGGUCAUGUGAUGUCACUAGCCCCGAUGCUUGGAAAUCAAAAACGGCAACACUUGAAUACUUAACCGGAAUCUCUUCCACGACGACGACGACAACGACCGACAACACCGCCAAACCACAUAUCACCUAGUUCGCAGGAAGUGCUGUCAUUGCUCCUAAUCAUCCGACAAAAUGGCACGUCGUCCAGCGAGAUGUUACCGCUACUGCAAGAACAAGCCAUAUCCUAAAUCCCGCUUCAACCGCGGUGUGCCCGACCCUAAGAUCCGUAUCUUUGAUCUUGGUCGCAAGAAGGCCAAUGUCGAUGAGUUCCCUCUGUGUGUGCACAUGGUGUCCAACGAGUACGAACAGUUGAGCUCUGAGGCUCUUGAAGCUGCCCGUAUUUGCGCCAACAAGUACCUCGUCAAGGUCGCCGGUAAGGAAGGUUUCCACCUCCGCGUCCGCGCCCACCCCUACCAUGUCGUCCGUAUCAACAAGAUGUUGUCGUGUGCCGGCGCGGAUAGACUCCAAACCGGUAUGCGUGGUGCCUUCGGUAAGCCCAACGGCAUCGUCGCUCGCGUCAACAUUGGCCAAAUCCUUCUCAGCGUUCGCACCCGUGAUGCCCACCGUGCUACCGCCGUCGAGGCUCUCCGCCGCUCCAUGUACAAGUUCCCCGGCCGUCAGAAGAUCAUUGUCAGUAAGAACUGGGGCUUCACCCCACUGAGACGUGAGGAGUACAUCCAGCUCAGACAAGAGGGCCGUGUCAAGAUUGAUGGUGCCUACGUUCAGUUCUUGAGAAAUAAGGGCAACAUUGAGGAGAACAUGAAGCGAUUCCCAGAGGCGUAUGAGAAUCUGUCGCAAGCAUAGAUUUGUUAAUGAAUGGGAAGAAGUUAGCUUUUUUUUUUGAUUUUCUUUCCUUUUUUCUUUCUUUUUCUAUUGUUUUAUGACACAAAUCUAAGCGUUUACAAAAAGGAUUCAACAAACAAAAUAUAAGAUAUAUCCCUGGGACUCCAUCCUUGUCUGUGUAAUGUUUGUGGAAUUGGAUUUUCAUUGAUCCAUCAUGAAAAGCAUGGGAAUCUGUUGAUAUGAUGGGCACUGUGUAACAAGUUCAUGCAUUCUAGAUUUAUCUCUGAUCUGUGAAUCCUCAUAACUAUUUUACAGUUCAACUAUUCAGUGAAUUUCAAUAGAGAAGAGUUUUUCUUUUUCUAUCUCUCUUAGACACUGAUGGUUAUGAACUGGUGAAAAUAGCAUUGAGUAUCAGUAAGUCAGUCAGUCAGUUUAUAUGACUCUUAAAUAUGAAUGAAAGUCACAUUUAUUCAAAUCUAUAUGUUUGAUCUUCAUAAGACUACAAUAUAAAUGUCAAUGUUUCUACAGUAGUCUUUCUGUGUCUCUGCUUCUUCAUGAUAUGGACAGUCAUUCUUCUCUAUGUGUAUACUCAGUCACACUUAACUGAAUUCUAGUGAGAUUAACAAAUUAUUUGGGAAUAUGAGAAAUAUGUUGAUAUGCCAGUAACUCAGUGAUCAUCACCAUGUGUAAUUCUUUAGCUGGUGGUGUGUUGCAGCGCAUACACAGUGUGUGGCCACCCAGAUAUAGGUCUCAAGUAUUGCUUCGGCCACAUAUCUAGCUUAUAAACAACUAAUUUGAAGUUACC